GACGCCCUACAGAGCGAUGAGAUGAGGUCUACAGCGGCGCUGCUGGCGCGAUCAGUAUGGAAGGGACCGCACAUUGUUCCUCUGCCAAUCGUGCGACCAAAGCCAGGUGAAAGGACACCGCCGAUCAAGACACAGGCGAGAAGUGCCACAAUACUGCCCAACUUUGUGGGGCUCAUCUUCCAAGUAUACAAUGGCAAGAUAUACCACGACGUGCGGAUUACGGAAGACAUGGUGGGACACAAGCUUGGAGAGUUCUCUCCCACCCGGAAACGCUUCACGUACAAGCAGACGAAGAACAAGUGAGCGCUGGGCAUUUCAGGGCAUGUAUCAUAUUGUAUGUAGAGAUUGGACAUCCGGCGCGGCGACGUCGAAGGAGGUAAAGUAAUCGCCGGUGUGCAACGGGAGGUGCACGAGAGCUCGGUGCCUUCGCCUCGCAGAAGAGAUGUGUGCCAGUUUGGAUCUGUGGCCUGGUGAGUGCGCAGAAGUUCCAUAGUCGGGUUGCUUCUAGGCUCUGGUGGCUGCAUCAUGCCUCGGUCGCAGUACGUCCACCUCGGCAAAAGGUCAGUCACGGCAUAGCUGGUGGAAAGCUCAUGAUCGUGCAGUACGAAUGAAAAAGAAUGCACCCGGAUUGAGACCAAUUUCAGUUGCAGAGUGAGAGGGUCGCAGUGCGUCUCCAUCUCCCUGCGAUGGCAAGAGCAACUGAGCACUAGACCGUUGGAUCUUCUCACCCAACA